UCAUCAGCUAUCCUCAAAGCGCAGCGCUCUCAGUCCCAUUUCUCUUUAAAGUCACACUUCUCUCAACGUUCGACAGUUGAACGUGCACUUUGCCUCCGCUUUUGAAAUUGUGAAAACUUAAAGGAGCGUCGCAAAGUUUUCGUUUUGACAUUUUUGUUCUUCUUCGCUCCAAAGGAUUCCAGGUUGCCAGUCAAGCUGUGCGCCCUCGCAGGCUGUCAUCGCAGUCUUUGCGCACAGCUCUUGGAUUUAGAGAAAAGGGAUUUUUCAUCUGUGAAAAGAGGUCCUUACUUUUUUUUCGCAUGAAUCUCCUCGACCCUUACCUGAAGAUGACAGAAGAACAGUCCGAGCGUCACUCCGACGCUCCGAGCCCCAGCAUGUCUGAGGACUCCGCGGGCUCGCCGUGCCCGUCCGGCUCCGGCUCGGACACUGAGAACACCCGUCCGAUCGACAACCACCUUCUCGGAGGUCCAGAAUAUAAGAAGGAGGGCGAAGAAGAGAAGUUUCCCGUGUGCAUCAGAGAUGCGGUGUCCCAGGUGCUGAAGGGUUACGACUGGACGCUGGUGCCAAUGCCAGUGCGCGUCAACGGCUCAAGUAAAAACAAACCUCACGUAAAAAGACCCAUGAACGCAUUCAUGGUGUGGGCACAAGCUGCACGGAGGAAGUUGGCUGAUCAAUACCCGCAUCUGCACAACGCGGAACUCAGCAAAACGUUGGGCAAACUGUGGAGAUUGCUCAACGAAGUCGAGAAGCGCCCAUUUGUGGAAGAAGCAGAGAGAUUGAGAGUGCAGCACAAGAAAGAUCACCCUGACUACAAAUAUCAGCCAAGGCGGAGAAAAUCUGUCAAGAACGGCCAGAAUGAACCCGAGGAGGGCGAGCAGACGCACAUAUCUCCCAAUGCGAUCUUCAAAGCGCUGCAGCAGGCCGAUUCUCCUGCGUCCAGUAUGGGCGAGGUGCACUCUCCAGGAGAACAUUCAGGUCAAUCCCAGGGUCCACCAACACCACCAACCACCCCUAAGACCGAUCUCCCCCCCAGUAAAGCUGACCUAAAGCGCGAGGGGCGUCCCAUGCAGGAGGGCACCAGUCGUCAGCUCAACAUCGACUUCGGAGCCGUGGACAUCGGCGAGCUGAGCAGCGACGUCAUCUCCAACAUAGGGAGCUUUGACGUCGACGAGUUUGAUCAAUACCUGCCUCCUCACAGCCACGCAGGGGUGACCAGUGCAGCCCAGGCUGGCUACACCGGCAGCUACGGCAUCAGCAGCUCCACAGUCAGUCAGGCAGGCAAUGUUGGGGCCCACGCUUGGAUGUCCAAGCAGCAGCAGCAGCAGCAGCACUCUCUGACCACCUUGGGUGGAGGAGGCGAACAAGGCCAGCAGGGUCAACAAAGAACCACCCAGAUCAAGACGGAACAGCUGAGUCCCAGUCACUACAACGAGCAACAGGGCUCCCCACAGCACGUCACCUAUGGGUCCUUCAACCUGCAGCACUACAGCACCUCCUCGUACCCCUCCAUCACAAGAGCACAAUAUGACUAUUCCGACCACCAAGGAGGUGCCAACUCCUACUACAGCCACGCAGCUGGCCAGGGCUCCGGCCUUUACUCCACCUUCAGCUACGUUAGCCCCAGCCAGAGGCCGAUGUACACCCCGAUCGCCGACACCACCGGCGUGCCCUCUGUACCCCAGACCCACAGUCCGCAGCACUGGGAGCAGCAGCCCAUUUACACACAGCUGUCCAGGCCGUGAAGGGGCAGCCUCCGCACUGACUGUACAACAUUCACCCCACGCAUAGACUUCUUUCUGCCCGGUGGCCUUCGCACCACCACGCCACACACCCAUCAUUGCCAAUAGAAAAACAUGACUAGGACUUUUUUUUUAUAGUACUGAAAAUAUAUCUUUAGAUUGGCUCACAACAGUGCCUUUUGUAUUGGUUGGAAUUGUGAUUAUAUUUUUUUAGAUGUAAUGUUUAAAAAAAAAACAAAAAAAAAGAGUCAAAUCCUCUGUGAGGACAUACUGGUUAUAAAUAUUUUAGUAUGUACUGUGUAUGUGUUCUGCUCUCGCCAUUCUCAUUGUUAUCCGUGUCAUCAGCAUCAACACAAUAAGAAGGUUUACCCCGUCUAAAGGAGCAGCAAUGCCGAGUUAAAAACACCCUCAGUGGCCUUACUUCACACUAAUGUAUUUUUGUACAAGAAGUAAAAAAAAAAACAACAACAACAUACGUUUACUGACACUGCCAUCUUGUCAUAGCCUAUACAUUCUGCUUUGAAUUUUUGUACUGUACAUAUACUAUUGUAAAUCCCAUGCGAUGCAAGGUUUGAGCAAUGCACGUUGGAAAUAGAUUUGAAUGUUUUGGCCAUAAUAUGACUGUGUCAUCAGUGAAUUUGUCAAAUAUUCUUUCUCUUGUUCUUUGCUUUAGCUCGAAUUGUUGUGUCGGAAACACUAUAGCAGGUGCCAUGUAACUCAACUCUAUAGGGGCCUUAACCGUGUUGCUAGAUGUAUUUGAGCAAUGCUUGCUUUCAUCUGGGUACUGCCUUGAUACCAUUGGUGCCUCCGGAGCCACAGUAGCGAAGCUCUGUCCGCUGGCGUCGCAGUGUCAAAACCACAGCGCAGGUCUUACUUCCUGCUUGAGGAGAUACAGGAAGUAGCCUUAUUUACCUGAUUCUCCUCAGCAGUCAGCACGCCUGGAGUCUGGUGUGAAUCUGUCAUUCCUUCAGCCCCAUCCUUUUUUCCUAACCUUUUUUUUUUUGUUUCUUAAUUUAUUCUUUAGCAUUAAUUUUAUUUGAAAAUAACUAUUUGCAAUUAUCUGUUUAAUUCAGCAGCGGCUAACUGAGAUUUCAGUGGAUUAGUUUGCUGACAUAAUGUGGUACAAAUUUGUUUAUUUAUCAUUUGUAAAUGUCUCCGUAUAAAGGUUUCUUCUAUUCGCGAUCGAGCUGUGUACAGAUUACUUAUACUUGCACAGUAAGUCUUUCUCUCUCUAAAAAAGAGAAAAACUGGAAGUUUUUUCUUUUUGUCUUUUCUGUCUAACAAAUGAAUUUAUGUAUAUGGAAGCCACACCUGUUUUGUAAAGAAUUUGCUGGAAUCAAAAGGAUACGUUUUGUUUUGAGAGAAAAAAUAAGUUGUGUUCCUCAUUUUAUAUUCUGUAUCGUUAGUUCUCAUUUUGUCAUCUUUUUAAUGCAGUUUCCCUAGGUAAACACGUCAUUGUCUUAAAAGCUUAUCUUUUGUAUUAUAAUGUUUGCAAUAAAAAAAUGAAACACUGAGAAA